AUGCAACGAAAUGAUUUCGCUAUUCCUCGAAAAUCACUAAAUCAGACAGGCCUUCCUCAGAAUUAUAUGAAUGAUAUAGCCCUUAACAGCGAACCAUUUCGAAAUAUAUACCAACCAGUUAUUUUAUCACAUCUCUCAAGCAGUUGUCAGGACCGAGAGUCAAUCAGAAUUGUCCGAUGCAGAGUUAUAAAUAAUAGACAACUGGAAACACGGUUUUCCAAUUUUCGACGAUCGCUAGAAUCUCAGUGCUUACCUGUUGAUAUAUCGUUUGGAUACACCCUUCUUUCUGAUAAUUUGCGUGAAAUGGAACUAAUAGCGCAGUGGGGCCUCCCUGUCAAUAAUAACUUCGUGGGGGAUUUGGGUGAACCGUCGAAUGGUGUUUACUUGUCGGGACAUCCCGACUUAGUUACACCAGCACCUUUUCUUGGACGAACCAAAUUGAAGAUAUUAGCUUGCAAGAUCUUAAAAGGUAGAUGCAAUGUUGUUGGCUUAGGAUCUUACCAUUUGUUACCUAAGCGAGGAUAUCAUUCACAUUCAGCUAUGCAACCAGUGGACUGUAAAUUAUUACGACACGAUAAUUAUCGAUGUGAUCAGAUUUUUUUAUUUGAAGAGAAAGAAGUUGGAUACUCCAAAUCGCCAGCAAAUGUUUUGCCUUUUGCCAUAUAUGAUGUGGAGUUCCCUCCAAAUACCGUUUUAUCUUUCAAAGGAACGGAUUCAAUUGUUUGGAGUGGUAAUUUAUUAAUUGGAAAAAAGCUUUAUAGUCGUGUUUCGCUGUGUUCAUUAGCAGCAGCGACUAAACCACCAUUACUCGACGUUUUCGAAAUUGCUGACCUCAUCCAUUGGACUGCCUGUCUGACUUUUCAACCUGUUCUUGAACUGCUGAAACCGCCAGCUCUCGGAGAAGUCGCUUUAAAAAAAGAGGUACUUUUGAUCGAUUCGCAACGUUUGGUUUACUAUUUUACAUUAUUUUCUGAAGAUGAUUCUCAGGAUUUUGUUUCACUUCACGAAUCUAUGAGAAUAAAACAAGCGGCAGGCAUAACAAUUUUCCCAUCUGUUGGGAUUUUCAUUCUUUUGCCAAACGGAUCAUUUAGUGAUUUGUUAACGCUUCCCAAGACAGCUGGCAAUAUUUUCCAUUGUUUGUAUUUGACCUGUGAUUUGAACUGUUCAUUAAUUAACGGUGCGUUUGAAGCGAUGUCGACAGAGGAGAACGACGAAUUUAUGAGGCCGUUGUUACUUCAAGAACGUAUCGAUGGGCUAGAUGUUCGUGUUCAAGAACUAGUACGAAAUGUAGCUAAGAAAACUUCACUUUCCGAAGAAAAUUCUAAUAAAUCAAGAAUUAAGGGAGAAAUACCGAAUGCAAGUUCUGAAGCGAUUGAUAUGGAUAUAGCGGAUAGUGACGAUGAUGAAGAGAAGAGAGGGUGGCGUGUUGAAAGGAUGGAUACAACAUCUGGAUUGGAAAAGUCUCUAAGAGAACACCCAAUAUCAAUAUCAAGCUUAAGAUUGAAGCCAAGUUCACCGCAUUCAAUUGAUGAAACAGUUUCAAAGGAUAAACGGUUUCUUUCUUCUAAUCCUCGACGUGAAAAGGUGUUUGUCAGUAAAGAUCCCAGGAAACGUCUCAUCAGCAAGAAGGAUUUGCCAGUGCCAUCAUGUUCAGUCAUAGGACGAAAGGUUUCAGAGUGGAGUGCUUUACGUGAACAUUUGGACGUUAAGAAAAAGUCAAUACCUUCUUCAUUCGACUUAACUCCAAACGAUUUUCGUGGCUAUUCACCAUCAGAUGCUUUAUCUAGUGGAGGAUCGUCACCGAGGGCUGUUUCACAGUCCCAGCGAUCUCCCCCAAGCAGCUCUCCGAAUCUUAAUAAAAGCGACAGCACGGCUUUUGUUGGGGUUUUGAGAAAUCAGAGUGAACUCGAUAGUACGGAAUCACCUGCCAGUCCUCCACAUGAGCCUGGUAUCUUCGUUGCUACUGCACCAAAAAUUAUUUCCGAUUAUGAUAUGAGGUCGGCUGCUGAUAGUUCAUUUCAAACACCUGCUCGGCAGUAUCGGCCUCCGGAAGUUACACCGUUUACAGCUCUAGCAUCAAUGGAAGCAGUGAAGAAUUCUGGAUCACUAGUAGGAGGGAAUAUUGAUAAAAAACAUGAGAAUAAAAGUGAUUGUAAAGAAUCUCAUUCAACAACAACGUCUCAGAAUAAUGAGAAUCUCAUUAAUAACGAUGAAGCCACUUACAUCCCGUCUGAACUAAUUUCAUUUCCACGUCAUCCGAUUCAAAAAAGUCCGGCUAAGAGUGAAAAGACCGAUUCAUUAAUAAACCUUCCUCCGCAACACUUGCAAUGGAAUAUUCUUCCAAAUUCAGAGGUUGAUAAUCAAAGUUCAUCUUUUUGGAAAACAAAUACUGAACCAGUUGGUAGUGGUGAUGUGGACAUGCGUACCAUUCAUGCAUUCAGUUCUGCUCCAAACAUUUCACGUGAGCUAACAGCGUCAACUACGCAUCAGGUCACAUCUGUUAUGCAAGCACCGAUUGUAUUCUCUAACGGCGAUACUGAUCAUCGCGUUAUUUCGUCAGCAGUUCGACCUUCAACUUCUUCACAACCUCCAGAAAACUUUGCAAAUGAGUCUGUUGGUCACUUUUGCACGCAUCCUUCUCCUUCAUAUGCUCCUGUUUCUUUCACGGGACCCUUUCAAUAUCGUAAUGCUUCUUCGGCCAACUAUGUAGCAGGAUUUAAACAACCACGCGUCUACGGAUUUUUCAAUCAACCGACCAUUCAUCGCCCACCAAAACCAUAUUAUACUAGAGGUACUGUUGGUGGCAAUUUUUCAAUAAGACGAGGAGUAUUAAUGAUCGAUGAUGCUCAACUUACUACUGGGACUUUGGAUCCCAAACUUUUCCGGAUGAUUUUGGAACGUUUUUCAAAUUGGAGGAAGAGUGGUUCCAUUUUAUGGUGGGCCAAAUUGCAUACACAUCUCAGGCAGACCUUAAUGUUGAAUGAUGUCUCAUCAAAUUCUAACUCGAAAAUAGUGGAAAGACAUGCUCAUUAUGAAGAAAUAAUAAAGGAAUAUGAAAGUCUGAAAGUGAUACAAACAAUGAAACCACAUGAAUGUGACAAAAAUAAGUAUGAUGCGAAUGUGCUGCUGAAAUGUCUCAGUCAUAUUGCGAAUACGAAUCGAAAGUGCGCUAUGAUUUAUUUAACCGAUAUCGCGAAAGAUUCAUCAAUGGGCAAGCAAAUAGCAUUCACGGGUUUCGAAAUUUACCACAGUACGGAGCUGUCAAAAAAAUUCGAUAUUUGA